AAAAUUGGAUAUUGGGGUCUAGGGUUUUACAACCUCCAAAGAAGACGUAUAUUGAAAAACGGAGACUGUAAGAAGUUGAAGUGUUGCUGUAGUGCGAUCGAAUUGAGAGGAUGGGAGACAAAUUGAGGCUUCAUGUAGGAGGAUUGGGUUCAAACGUGCAGGUAUCCGAUCUCGAGAAGACCUUCACCUCACCGCAGUUGGGUGAUGUUCAAUCCGUCGAGAUUAUUCGCACGAAAGGUCGCAGCUUUGCUUACUUAGAAUUCGUUCCCGCUUCUGAUAAAGGCCUCGCCAAGCUCUUCAGCACGUAUAAUGGGUGCAUGUGGAAGGGGGGGAGACUUAAACUUGAGAAGGCCAAAGAAAACUAUCAAAGUCGUUUAAGACGUGAGUGGAUGGAAGAUGCUCAACAUGAGACUAAAUUGCCCAGCCAGAAUGUUGAUGCUGAUGAAAGUGGAUGUGCAAUGCUGAAACCCAAGAAAGAAGAUCUUGAAAAAAUGCAGCUCAAGAUAUUUUUCCCCAAGUUGAGAAAGCUAAAAGCUAUACCUCUCAAGGGAACAGGCAAACACAAGUACAGUUUUCAGCGUAUUGAAGUUCCGCUCCUCCCCACCCACUUCUGUGAUUGUGAGGAGCACUUUGUACCUCCGGAGCCAGCUAAAAGAAAUUAUUCUAGACUCCCUGGGCCAGCAAAAAGGAAUAAUACUGUUGAUCGCGAGGUAGACAAUUAUGGGAUGAAUGAGGAGGAGCUUAACAUGAUGAAGUCAAUAUUAGACAAGCUCUUAGAGAAGGAAAUCCGCUCAGAGAUUGUGUCCAGUGAAGCUGAACCUUCUGAAGAAAUACAGCAUGAUGCAUCUGUAGUGGAUAAAUGUCAAGUUGAUGACAAUGAGGAAGAUCAAGAUAGCGAUGAAGAUAACCUUGUAAUUAACAUUGUGGGCAAGCCAAGUAAGAGAGAUACCUUGUUUGAGGAUUGGGGGCAGAAAACAAGUAUCACAAAUCAGGAUUCCUUGGUAAGUGGGCCCAAGUCCUUGAGUAAUACCAAUUCCAAGAAGCAGGAAGCAAAAAGACCAAACCAAAUGUUUGACAAGAAGAGAAAGCAGUCUGUCCGUGAAGAUAAAUCAAUUGAUACAGUACCUUCUAAGAAGAAAGGAAGAACUGGUUUUUCUCAUAACAGCACUGAUGAUCAAGUUGCUAUAGAUAAGAAACCAGUAGAUAAAGAUUCAGGCUCUAUACGGUUAAGUUCUGAUGUGGCUACCUUAAAUAAAUCAGCCUGGAAAGCCCUGGUCAGUGAGAAGGGAAAUACUGCUUUCAACAUCUCAGAUAUCUUGACGAACCAUAAUUCUGAUAUUGAAACUGAACCUGGUUCUGAUAUUGGAACCGAACCUGGUUCUGAUAUUGAAACCGAACCUGGUUCUGAUAUUGGAACUGGACCUAGUUCGGAUAUUGAAACCGAACCUGAUUCUGAUAUUGAAACCGCACCUGGUUUUGAUAUUGCUACUGAAUCCUGCUCCAAUGGAAAUAAUGGCCAGAAAGAUCAAACAAGCAAACAUGAAGAGUUGGAAAAACUUUCUGAUGUCCAAUCCACUGAGCCAACUGCAUCUGAAGAUUUAUUAGCUAGAGGCGCUUCAUGGAAACGGAAGUCUUCAUGGUUGCAACUAGUUGCAGAUACAAAUGCCAGUGCCUUCAACCUUUCACAAAUCUUGCCUGAUGUAACUUUUCAAAAACAAGCGACAGAACAGUUCAAGGUGAUUGACUUUUCCAAUUCGAGUAGGGCAAAGCAACACAAGUUUGUGGAUAAAAAAUCUUGUGCUGAAGACAUUGGUGAGCCUCAAGGUCCUGCUAAUAGAGAUAUUUAUGCUAAUACAAGUAAUCAGAAUGAGGAUGUUUUAACCAAGGAGCAGAAUACCAGUGGUCCAGUUUCUCAUUCAACGGAAAAGGUUGGAGAGGACUCCUCCGCUCCAGUGCUUGGCACAAACCUGAUACCAAGUAACAGGCCUAUGGGAGACAUCGUCAUCAGUGAAACUUGCCCAUUCAUGAAGAGUGCUGCUUCAAUGAAGGAGUGGGCUAAGUCUAAGGCAGCUUUAAGUGGUUCACAUAAAAGAAAAGGCAAGGAAACAGAGUCCCUCAAGAAUUAGGGCGACAAGUGAUGUAUCUGUUUCCUAGGUUUUUCCAGUGAAUCUAGACGACUGAUCUCUAACAGAUGAGUCAAUUGAUUAACUGCUUUGGCAGGUAAAUUUAUAUGUUGUGCACAUUCCAUGAAGUGAGAAAAUUUUCAUUAAUAUUUGGGAAUAUCAUUAUUCCAGUGAGAAAUCAUGUUGCUAUCAGGGGUAUGGAUGGAUUCUUUUUGUAUCAGAACUAUGCUAAUGCGCCAAUAUUUGGCUGCCUUGCUUGCAUUAUUUUGCCUAUUGUGAGCUACGAGAGUACAAAUUCACUUUCAAA